AUGGCUUUACUUGAGAGCACCAGCAGCAUUCCGGGUGACAAGAUGCUCUUCCCAGAGAUCGUGGAACUCAAUGUGGGUGGCCAGGUAUACAUAACCCGCUACUCCACUCUAAUCAGCUACCCAGAUUCCCUUCUUGGGAAGAUGUUCACCUCUAAGAGCAACGAAGGGCUGGCGCGUGACACCAAAGGUCGCUUUUUCUUGGAUCGCGACGGUUUCCUUUUCCGUUAUAUCCUGGACUACAUGCGUGACCGUCAGCUGCUGCUCCCAGAAGACUUUCCUGAGCGUGCAAGGCUGCAGCGGGAGGCAGAAUUCUAUAAUCUGCCUGAGCUGGCUAAAAAGCUGGCACCCAGACUCACCAAACACGACAAUGAAGGUUGUCAGAGUGACAAUGAAGAUUUCUCUUCCAAAACCAACACUGCCCAUAACCUGGACACACUUAGCGGAGCUGCUGCUCCCUGCACAGGCCUGGUGAUGGAGGGAGGGGAGGCCAGCCACCACUCUGGCUUCAUCACCAUUGGCUAUCAAGGCUCCUACACACCAGGCUGGGACAGCCAGACGGGCGCCAAGUUCCGUCGAGUGGAACGUAUAAUGGUGUGUGGGAAGACCUCUCUGGCUAAGGAGGUUUUUGGGGAUACACUCAAUGAGAGCCAGGAAUCAGAUUGUCCACCGGAGAACUACACAUCAUGCUCUUAUCUGAAGUUCUCCAGUCUAGAUCAAGCCUUUGAUAAGCUGGCUGAGGCUAACUUCACCAUGGUGGCCUGCAACUCAACUGGAAGCUGCUCCUCUGCCCAUGACCAGUCACAUGAGAAAAUCUGGACCAGCCACACAGAAUAUGUGUUCUACCGUGAGUGCGCGCCACCAAUCUUCCACACAUCUCCCCUGGCCUACGGUGUUCUUCAUGAUGCAUGGUUGCUGUAG